AUGGGAAAAGAGAUAGGGACUGCAUUGGGCGACUUUGUACUCACUGAUCAACGCAAAAGGAAUGACUGCUAUGGAAAUUAUCUGCGUAUCAGAGUAGGCAUUGAUAUCUCAACUCCUCUUCGAAGGUGUAUGCCAGUGCGACUUCUUGGAGGACAAUCCACAACUCAGUGGGUGGAUUUACGCUAUGAAAGACUUCCACACACCUGCUAUCUCUGUGGAAAGUUUGAUCAUAUUGAGAAAGAGUGCACCAAGUUCACAGGAGAUAUUACGGAUGAUUUGGCCAAGCCCUACGGUAAGUGGUUCCAGGAGGAUGUCUAUGGACCAGAUUUUCGCACACCCCAGGUUUGUCGUUUCGGAUUGCCGUCGCCUAUGGCAUGGUCGAGACGAACCCCGAGUGACAGUGAGUCGAAGGAAGCACCGGUGGACUCCAAUGAUGGCAGAGGGCGGCAGGACGGUGGGGAUUCGAUUAGGGCUGACGUGGCCUCGCAUUUAGGGUCAAUUAAUGUUCCAAUGAUGGCUGCGGUUAUACAUCAUAAUUCUGCCAUGAUGGAGGGUGAAACGGUUGGGGGGGGGUGCAGCAGAUGA